CUGGUAAUAAUGGCACAAGUGUCUCCACAAAACGUUGUACCGAACAAGCCGAAGAAAGUACAAAAUUUCUGUUUGCUUUGUGGUAAGGAUUUCUAUCCAUCCAAAUGUAACAAACACCGUCUGUAUCAUGGAAACAAGUGUGAAAACAAAGCAGAUUAUACGGGCGUGUUGGAGGAGUUAGUUGGAAAACUUCAUGACACGACUCUGGCUAUCUGCUCUUUAUGCAGAACCCUGGUGUCGAGGUACGGCCGAGUGUCCAAAAUGCAGAAAGAACCAAGUCGCUUAUUGAAGAAAUGUGGAUGAAGACGAGAGAGAAGAGGUGUGCGGAGUCAAAGCCUUCACUGGAGGUGAAGAGACGAAGAGUGCUGGACACUGCAGAAAACGAGGACGACAAAACACUGCCUCCACCUCAAUACAGUCCACUUACAACACAGCUGCCAAGGAGAAACUGAAAAAUGCAUUGAAACCAUUACAACAGAAGUUGAGAAUAUUUCAAGACAUUCAAAGACUUCACUUCAAAUUGCAGAAUAUAUUAAGAGCAUAGACAUACACUAGUCUGAAAUGACAGUGGUUUCAGUUCCAGACCCAUUACACAGAGCAACGGAUCAAGGAUGAGGUUUUGAAGUUUCGUCAAAGUUUAUAUAAAGAAGAGACAGCCAGGAAAAAGCACUGCAAGAGGAAGAAGCGCAAAAGAGUAAGAUUAUGAGGAAGAAGAUUGAGAAGAUAAACAUUGAUAUUUCCUCUCUUUCUGCCACAAUUGCAGCAAUAGAGGAGGAGAUGAAGGCAGAAGAUGCCCUUUUCCUUCAAAACUAUGACGCUAUGAUGAAUAGAGUUUCCCAGUGCAGGCCAUUGGAUCUAGAGGACUUUUCUGAAGUUCUGAUCAAUGUGCCAAAACACCUGAGCAACCUGAACUUCACAGUGUUACAAAAAACUGCUCAAUACACUCCUGUGACCUUUGACCCCAACACUGCUCACUGUAAUCUCCUGGUGUCUGAUGAUCUGACCAGUGUAAGAUACUGCGAUGAGGAACAGACUCUUCCUGAUAAUCCAGAGAGAUUUGACAUGUUUGCGUGUGUUCUGAGUUUAGUAGGUUUCGACUCGGGAUCUCACUGCUGGAAUGUAGACAGUACCGGCUGGUUACUCGGAGUCAUGGCUCAAUCUGCUGAAAGGGGAAUAAAAUAUUCUCAAGGACUGGAAUCUGGCUGGUGGGCCAUUUCUGUGGUGAAUAUAAAGCACAUGAACCUCCACAAUCACCAACUCUCCUCCCUGUGAGAAAGAAACUGCAGAGGAUCAGAGUUCAGCUGGACUGCAGCAGUGGAGAACUGUUGUUCUCUGACCCGCUUACUGACACACUCAUACACUCGUUUACGCACACAUUUACUGAGAGAUUAUUUCCAUUUUUUUGGUACAGGUUGUAACAUUUCUCCUCUACAGAUCAGGUAGUAAAUUCUGCAGUAAAAAAUCUUUUACUGUAGGACUGUUUUAUUCAUCUUAAAGGAACACUCCACUUUGUUAGAAAAUAGAGACUUAUUUUCCAACUCUCCUAGAGUUAAACGGUUAGCAGUUUUAUCACUUCUGAAUCCAUUCAGUCAAUCUCCAGGUCUGGUGGAGCACUUUUAGCUUAGCAUAGACUAUUGAAUCGGAUUAAACCAUUAGCAUCUCGCUCAAAAAUCAAAACUGUUCUGUAGUGGCAGAUAUGGUGUUAUUUUUAGUCAAAACUGUAGGUUGAUGACUGUUCCUGUAGGUGAAAAACUAUAUUCUCAUCAUAUAGUAAUCAAGGAUCUUUACUUUUGUAUCAUGACUGAGGCAGGCGCAAUUAUAUUAUGAAGUGCCUGAUAGUCCUCAGCUGGGUAACUUCCAACGUGACUACCUGCUUGCACGGGGAACGUGUGCCAGUCGCACUGCACAAUAUCAUUGCACCUGCUGCAGUCAUGGAGCAAUACUAGUAAUACUUGUAAUAGUAUAGUAUAGUACCUAGCCAUAUCAGCCUAGAAAAUAGCUAAUUUUCUUUUUCCGUUGGUCGGUCUUAGUACAUGAUGUAACUGUAAAAGGGUCAAGCUUUAAAUAGGAAAUUGAUCAGAACUUUUUGGUAAUUUGUUCUCAGUUUUUUUGACUCCAGUAUAUGCACUUACUGACUUAGUGAGCAAUCACCUUAUUUUUCAAAGGGGAAGUAAGCUCUUUUCUGUGACUUCUGAUUAAUUUGCAUAUGGCUGAAUGAUUAGGAAUAAAUAAAUCAUUAAGUCAGUCCCUCCAGGAUUUUGCAGGGACACCUUUUAAAAUAUAAAUGUGGCCUGAAAUGACUGUUUGAUUCAAUCCUCUAUGCUAAGCUAAAAGUGCUCCUACCACACCCGGAGAUCAGUUAAAUGGAUUCUAUUAGGAUUAAGCAUUUUACAACUAUUUAAAAAAAAAAAGUGGAUUGUUUAUAACAUCAACAUAUUAAAUGUUUUCAUUUAACACUGACUCUUCUAAUUGUUAACUGAUAGACAGAUGUUGUGACCUUAAUGCUGAGAUUUUUAAAAGUAAUACACACAUUUAAGUGUAAAUGAUGUUAUGUUUAUGUCUCUGAUGCAGUCAGGAAAUGCAAAUAAUUAAUUUAAAAUCACAUGUGUGUAGUUCGUGACAAUAGAAAGUUUUUCAGUAUUAUUAACUAUUUCAAAUCACUUAUAAACUUCUAAAAUAAUGGAAAAAUUAAAUACACUUCUAAAAGGCAUACCAAAAGUGUGUUAAGAGAAACCUCAAAAAGGAAAAAGAUGGUUCGUUUUGAAGCAAAGCUUGGGCAAGAACUUCUAGAGUGAGUGUUGUUUCAAUGCAUCAGCUGGAGUCGAAUGCACUAUUUUAGAAGAGGCCAAAAGCUUAGCUAAAAUUUAUAGCACAAUCAUACAGUCUUGGUGAUAAAGAAUUAUAUUUGAUGUUCACUAGAAAUAUUUCCAUUCAUUUGAUUUUAUUUCAAUAGAUUUUAUUUCAAUAAUUUUAUGUCUAUAUGUCUGUACUUGUGCAGUAUUCUUAGAAGUUGCACUGGAAAUACUUUAGUCUACUUGAAAUCCCUAUGUGAUGCACUUAUUUAAAGGAACAAGCAAGUGUAGGAUAGGCAUGGGACAAUAACUGGUUUCAAGGUUUACCGAGGUUUGGAAAAGUCAAGGUUUUAAAAUCGCUAAAAUUUUCUGUUAUAUCGUUCCUAAGGUACAUUUAAGUUUUUUUAAAUGUGUUUUUUAAAAUGUGCUGUAAAGAAAUCUGUUUUUGAAAGUAAUGAAGAGAGCAGAAGUCAAUGAUUUAUUUUAAUUAUUUAGCCUGACAUGUCUAAAAUAUUAUAAAUGUUUCCUAAAAUGUAUUUUGUUUAAUGGGGGGAAAGAUUUAUUUUUAUUUUUUUAACCCAGACACUUUACAAAAAAUUAUUUGAGAGCAGUAAUCACAAUACCGUGAUAUUUUUAUCCAAGGUUAUCAUACCGUACAUAAAUUUAUACCAGCCCAUGCCUAGUGUAGAUUGUUAAACACUAUGGACUUCAGUACAAUAGAGCUGCACAAUAUAUGAUUUCAGCAUCAUGCAUAUGCACAAUAUUCAGACAUCAGAACACAUUAGCUUUGUGGUCACUGCAGGGUUUAACCAUAACGGAAUGAAUGUUAAUCAUUUUUAUGUGUUUUUAAGGUCCAUGACUGAACAUUUCAAAAAAGUUUAAAACAAUCAGGCGCAAUAAAUUGUACAAUUUGUAUUUUUAA